UGGGGGAAUUAUCCAUGCUGGCCUCCGCGGCGGCGUGCGAAGCUGUGUCGCCGAGGGGAGUCAGAUCGAGAGGCUGGAGGUGGGCGCCCUCCCCGGAGCCGUCGGCCGUGGCGCCUCCUCCAUCCCGCCCCACCCAUGUCCUCCGCCUCCUUCCUCUCCCCUCCCGCUCCACGGCCCCCAUGCGCUAGGGUUCGGCUCUCACCUCCCUUCGCCGCCGCCGCGAGGCCGUCGCUCGGCUUCGGGCCUCGGAGUCGGAGGGCGGCUCCAGCCAAGGAAUGGAGAUUGUGGCACGUCUCGUGCUUCAGAAAUGAUCCGGAUGUACCAACGACAUCUGACGAUGAUGGCGGCUUCAAGUAUGUUGCCCGAUCAGAGAGCUCCAGUGCUGCAGAGGCGAAAGAGGAAGAGGUGGGAAGUUCAAAUGGGGAGCAGGAGCAGAAUUUCAAGGAGGGGGGUUGGUUUCUGCAAGUGCAGAAGAUAAAGGAAAAUUUACAAGGCAGAAUAUUAAGAUUUCAGACAGAAUGCUGGACGGUACCUUGGACUGGACAAACCAUUGCUCAGGUCAUGAUUUUAUGGAUUGCCACAUUUUGGUUUGUGGGUUCUUGGGUAGUCCCAUUCUUGGCUCAUGCUGCUGGCUUUAGCAAGGAAACAUUGACACAUAGGGGCCAAGCACUGUAUAGCCUUUUGACAGACAUAACAGAAGGCCUUGCUGGGAUUGCAAUUCUUCAUCAAUGCCUUGGUAGAUUCCGCCCCCUUCCUCCAGGCUGGUUUGAGUUCAAUUUGAAGGGUAGAUGGCUUUUGGAUGUAGCGUUGGGGUGUCUGUUAUUCCCGUUAGUCAAUCUGCUUUCUCACAUAAACAUCAGCCUGGUUCCAAUGUCACCAGGCCCAGUCGUCGGGGUGUCCAAUGUAGAACAGUCCAUUGUGGCCCGUGACCCAGUGGCAAUGGCCCUGUAUGCAGUGGUAGUCACUGUAUGUGCACCUAUAUGGGAAGAGAUUGUGUUCCGAGGAUUCCUUCUCCCAUCUCUAACGCGGUACAUGCCACUUCCAUGGUCGAUCCUAGCAAGUGCUGCAGCUUUUGCACUCGCACACUUCAAUGCGCAGAGGGUUAUGCCUUUGAUAUUUCUCGGAGUAGUGAUGGGAGGUGUCUUUGCGAGGUCUCGCAACCUGCUGGCGUCGAUGCUGUUGCAUAGCCUGUGGAAUGGCUUUGUGUUCUUGGAUUUGAUGAAGUGACCUAUGCCAGCAUUGUUGUUUCAGUUCAGACUUUGACAUCUCCUGUUGAGUGUCUACUGAUCAUGUUUUUUUGUCUCAUGGAGAAGAUUGGAGCUAUUCUUUUCAUGAUGAAAAAGAAGUCAUGUAAUGCUGUGUCUAGGUAGUAGAAAUCAUGUAGGUUGAAGAGAAGAUGAAAAGUCGUGCCGUUACUGCAGGGAAGUAGACAACAGAACAAGGUUUUUCGAGAUUUUUGUGUAGAAUGAGUCAUUACUGCAACCUUAGGGCCUGUAUGCAGAAGCAUCUGUCACAUUCUUGUAAUUGCCUCAUCAUGUAUAGAAUUUCCAGUCCAUAUUAAACCCCUUAUUAUUUGAUUCGUUGUUAUGUGCCUUUGAAAAGGAAUAUCCUUGAACGCAUGGAUGUGUUGUACACAGUAUACUAUUCUUUUCAGUACAGUGGGGGAUCAGCAAACUGUGAAUUAUUCUGCA